ACCAGCCAUCAGGGUCAAGGGUCAAGUCAAUAGAUGAUUCCAUGGCAGUUAGCAGCCUUGACAGCAGGGCAGGCCACAUAUAGGAGUAGUGGGGGGUGGGAUUUAUCUUCUUUGGUCCACAGGCUUUAUCAGCUCUGCCCCUGCCAAUACCUCAGCAAUCACUAAAAGAUUAGAUUUUGCUCUUCCUCUUGUGAAGAAAUAAUUAAAUCAGAGAAGAGCCAUCUGAGAUAUUGGUGGUGGUCUCGGCUUGAAAUCCCCACUCACAAUGGGGAACAUAUCACCCAGAGGUAUCCAGGCCACCAACAUGGUCUUCUCCUCCUGGGCCUUAGUCUUCUUGGCCAUAGGAAUCAUCAUGGGAGAAUGGGUUGAACUGACAUUGGAAACAAAGAAAAAUACAGUAAGCCACAGUCCCUGGAUAUGUUGCACUACUCUUUGGCCGGAAGAUGGCCUGGAAGUGGUCAGGACCAUGAUGAUUUUGGUUCUCAUCCUUUCCUUCAUCCAUAACUUGUUCCUGGGUUUGGAAUCCACCUACCUGAUUCCUCAAACUAAACAUACCCUCUUCAUCGCUGUCUUCCUCAGUUUCUUCACAGGUCUCCUUCUGCUCUGUGCACUCCUAAUGUAUCACCAAAAGCUAAGUCAAGGUAAAUCCGUGUACUACUCCAGUUACAAGAUCACCUGGAUCAUUUUCACUGCCUACUUAAAUGUCUCCCUCUUUGUGGCCUCUGGAGUCCUCUCUCUCCUACAGUACAAACAAUCCAUCAAGAGCUUUGCCUGCCUGACCGUCCUCCGUACAUCCAGCAGAGAAAUUAAGGACAGACAGGAGUCUGGGAGUUCUAUCAAAGUUAUUUCCUUACCAGAACAGCCUGCAAUGCUUCGUAGUAUUGUUCACACAAAGGAAGAUUUUCCAAACAGAGCACACAUCCAAACACGUCGUGUAACCUGGGCUGUAUGAUUUGACAAUGUAUCUUUCAGUGUGUGCUUGUCUUAAUAGAAACAACGUUGUGUGUAUGUGCAUUGUGUCUCUACAGCCGUGGUGUCUUUGUUUGGCAUUAUUUAAUGCAUGUGACUGGGUUAGGGUCUGUAAGAAGAUCCGGAAGGUGGUUUUUUCAUUUUUAUUUAUUUUUUUUUCGAUCCUGACCUGCUGAACAGCUUCUUUUAUUUGUUCUCACCAUUUAAUAACAUUUGUUGUUCAUUUAAUAAAUAUUAUCAUUAACUAAUA